AUGGAGCUGAAGAUCGUGUUCAGGAACCUAGCAAGCCGACCAUACAACAUCUACCCUCACGGCCUCACCAGCGUAAGGCCAUACCACACCAUGAAGCCCUCUCAAGAUAAGGAUGUGAAGGACAUUCCUAUCCCCCCUGGCCAGUCAUUCACCUACAGCUGGAGGGUCACCACUGAGGAUGGGCCAACGCAGGCAGAUCCUCGCUGCCUCACCCGUUUCUACUACAGCUCCAUCGACCCCGUCAGAGACACGGCCUCAGGCCUGAUUGGGCCCCUCCUGAUCUGCUUUAAGAAGUCCAUGGAUCAGAGGGGAAAUCAGAUAAUGUCAGACAAGACGAGGUUGGUGCUGUUUUCAGUCUUUGAUGAGAACCGCAGCUGGUACCUAGAGGAGAAUAUCAGGCGGUUCUGCACUGACGCAGCUCAUGUGGAUACCCAGGACCCCCAGUUUUAUGCCUCCAACGUGAUGCACACAAUUAACGGCUUUGUGUUUGACAACCUCCAACCAAAACUCUGCCUGCAUGAAGUUGUGUACUGGUAUGUCCUGAGUGUUGGGGCCCAAACAAAUUUCCUCUCCAUCUUCUUCUCUGGAAACACAUUCAAGCACAACAUGGUCUUUGAGGACGUGCUUACCCUUUUCCCAUUUUCUGGAGAAACUGUCUUCAUGAGUUUGGAAAAGCCAGGCGUCUGGACGCUGGGGUGCCUGAAUCCUGAUUUCAGAGACCGAGGGAUGCAUGCCAAGUUCACAGUCUUGCAGUGCCAGCCUGAGCAAUACCCUGAUGGGGAAUAUUAUGUGGGUUCUGAAGAGGAGGAGGAGGACGCCUUUGACUUCCAACCCAGGGGCUUCUCUAAAAGAAAGAGAUGGCGGAGGCCAUGUGUGAAUGAGCAACUGAACAACAUGACCUCUUCCAGAAAUGAGACACAGAAGCCAAGAUUGUGCUUGACAGAACCCAGCCAUGGGGCCUUCCCGAGCAAUGGCAGGAUUUCUGAUUCCUCUUCCAGUGGCACAACACUUUUAGGAACAAUCCCAAAUCCACCUGAUAUUUCCAUGUCUUCUCUGCUAGAGAAAAACUAUGAAUCAGUGCCCUAUGAAUUCUUCCUGAAAGAUGAAGAAGAAUUGUCAGAAAUCAUCAGAGAGGAUGAAGGGCUUGGAGCUCUCCCACAUGGAGAACACUUAGCGAGUGUCAGUGGAAGGGUUCAUGGUACUGUGAGCUCAGAAGAAGGUCAGCAAUGGCUGCACCAAGCCACACCAGCUCCAGAAGACGCUCUGGCAGAAAAGAAGGUGACAAAAGUCUCAGAGGUGCAGGAGCCAGUAAAAAGGACAAUGGUCCAGUCUGGUCAUACGUUAGAGAUCCUGGAAGCAGAGCCUCAAAAGACAACUACUCCUGUAACAAGCUUGUGGGACUCAAUUGCUUAUGCUACUAGAAAAGCUCCUCUUCAAGAGAACAGGAGCUCAUUUCACCAGAAUGACCUGGAGCUCAAUGAAGGACUUCAAGACAUGUCUUCACAGGGUGCUGAGGACAAGUUGCUAAGAGGGGCUGAUAAAAUAUCUUUAAAUCUACACGAGUCAAAGGAGACAAUCAAUACAGAACCAGCUUUAAGUACUGAUCAUAACUCCUCCUCCACACUGGGCAAUCUUUCUGCAUCUUCAGAAGACAACAGGACUUUUCAUGCAGUGGUUCACAGUCACACCAGAGAAAGCAAUUAUUCAUCAAAUGAGCUAGAUGAUAGGCUGGAAAAAAGACCUCACCAAGUGGUUUCACAAGGCUUUUAUGAGUCUUUUGAAGGGAAAAAUUUUUCUUUCUCAGACCUGGGACCCAGCACACUGGCACAAGAACAAAUCCUCACAGAUGAAAGUAACUCCUUGCCUGCAAAAAGUGGCACAGAACAAGAAGCCAGUGAACUUGCCAAAGGCACAAGCCUUCUAGAAACCACCUUUGCACACACCAAUGACCUUGAGCCUUCCAGCUAUAUAACGAUGGAAGAGAGGGAUGAAUUAAUCUUGGAGGCAGUGUUUCAGGAUGCUACAGCCGCUAAGGAAUUACCAGAGAUGGAUAGUUUUGCCUUUCCUGAAUCGAACGUCAUGGCCAAUGACACAAGGCAGUUCCCAAAUGCUUUUUUAAACAGCCCUGAGCAGUUUCUGAGACACAGAGCUUCAGCCCCAAGCGUGAGUAGCCAUGACUGGAGAGCUCGACAAGCCAGGUCACUGGAGAGCAGAGUCUUGAUGCAUGGUCUGGGUCUUCCCAACACCAGUUGGCCUGGCAGCAGGGAGCCCCUGUCUGAGGGUACUAGAGCAGAGCAGGAUCGCAGCGGAUGCUCCUUCCUCACACGUGGAGCACUGGGGAGUGAGGCAGCGAUGGCAGCAAGCAGCUCAGAAAUGCAGACUGCUGCUGUGGCUACAGGUCUGGCCUCAAACUGGGACCUGGUCUCCCUGGGUGCAGCGGGACACACCGCGGGCUUGCGGAGCCCAGCUUUGGCUGAGCUGCAGCCGGGUAGAAGUGCUGUCUGGGGGGCUCCUGGGAGCAAGCAAGCUCAGGGGAGAAGCCAGAUGGAGGAGACAAACUCCGUGGAGCAGCUGGGUCAAUUCAGUCCUCAGCCUCAGCAGCUCAAGGCCAAUGCCAUGGAGGACUAUGUGCCUGAGACCAUGUCUGGGCAAAUCUCAGAAGAAAUCCCUAUGAAACCAGCCUCCAAAGAGAACUAUUCCCUGUCUCCAAGCAGCCCUGCUCGCAACAACAGCACUACUGAAGAAACAGCCAAAUAUGUGCAAGACAGUCUGGAUAGAUGGCAGGUGCUUGGUGGGGAAGAUGUCCUCAGAAAAACUGGGAAGAUAGAGGGUCAGGGCCUAGGACGGUCCAAGGAGGAUGGGGAAAGCAACAGCACAUCUAGGAAGAGGAGCCAUGCCCCAGGACAUAGGGAGGGACUGGCUCUGAACAAUUCCAGCCCCUUGACACCAAAGGCUGACAAGCUGGACUACGACGAGUACGGUGACACGGAGCAGACCAUGGAGGAUUUUGACAUCUAUGGUGAAGAGGAGCACGACCCACGCUCCUUCCAGGGGGAGGUACGGCAAUACUUCAUUGCAGCGGUGGAGGUGAUGUGGGAAUACAGGAACCAGAGACCCCAGCACUUCCUAAAAGCCAUGGACCCCUGGAGCGGCAGAAGGAAGCCUUUCCGGCAGUACCGCAAGGUGGUUUUCCGAGAGUACAUGGAUGAUUCCUUCACACAGCCCCUGCUGCGGGGAGAGCUGGACGAGCACUUGGGCAUCCUUGGGCCAUACAUCAGGGCAGAAGUUGAAGAUGUCAUCAUGGUUACAUUCAAGAACCUGGCCUCGCGGCCCUUCUCCUUCCACUCCACACUGCAAGCCUACGAGGAGACACAGGGUACAACACAAGGUGGAGAGGUGGUGCAGCCCGGUGAGCUCCGGAAGUACUCCUGGAAAGUCCUGCCCCAGAUGGCACCCACCACAGAGGAGUUUGACUGCAAGGCUUGGGCUUACUUCUCCAAUGUGGACCUGGAGAAGGACCUACACUCAGGCCUCAUUGGGCCGCUGAUCAUCUGCCGCCAUGGGGUGCUGAGCUUCAUUUUCAGGCGGCAGCUGGCUGUGCAGGAGUUCUCCCUGCUCUUCACCAUCUUUGACGAGACCAAAAGCUGGUACUUCCUGGAGAACAUGGAGAGGAACUGCCGCCCUCCCUGCCGCAUCCAGCAGGACAACCCUGAUUUUAGGAGAAACCAUUCCUUCCAUGCCAUCAACGGCUACGUGAGUGACACACUGCCUGGGCUGGUGAUGGCUCAGCAACUACUGAAUAUGGGCAGCACUGAGGAUAUCCACUCCGUCCACUUUCACGGGCAGCUGUUCAGCGUCAGGACUAGCCAGGAGUAUCGCAUGGGAGUCUACAACCUUUAUCCUGGUGUCUUUGGGACAGUGGAGAUGUGGCCCUCGCAUGCCGGGAUCUGGCGGGUAGAGUGCAAAGUGGGAGAGCACCAGCAAGCUGGGAUGAGUGCUCUCUUCCUCGUAUACAACCCGAACUGCCGAAAUGCCCUCGGCCUGGCCUCGGGCCACAUUGCAGACUCUCAGAUCACAGCAUCGGGGCAGUAUGGGCAGUGGGCUCCUUACCUGGCCAGGCUGGAUAACACUGGCUCCAUCAAUGCUUGGAGCACCGACCGCAGCAAUGCCUGGGUCCAGGUGGACCUUUUGCGUCUCAUGAUUAUUCACAGCAUAAAAACCCAAGGGGCCCGACAAAAGUUAUCCAGCCUCUACAUCUCCCAGUUUGUUGUCUUCUACAGCCUUGAUGGGCAAAGGUGGAGGAAAUACAAAGGGAAUGCCACCAGCACCCAGAUGCUGUUCUUUGCAAACGUGGAUGCAACCGGAGUGAAAGAAAAUCACUUCAACCCUCCUAUCAUAGCCCGGUACAUCCGCAUUAAUCCCACUCACUACAGCAUCCGAGCCACACUGCGCAUGGAGCUCAUCGGCUGUGAUCUGAACAGCUGCUCCAUGCCCCUAGGAAUGGAGAACAGAGGGAUCCCUGACCAGCGCAUUUCCGCCUCCUCCUACAGCACCAAUGUCUUCUCCAGCUGGUCACCCUCCCAGGCCCGCCUGAACCUGCAGGGGAGGACCAACGCAUGGAGGCCAAAGAGCAACAGUCCCAGUGAGUGGCUGCAGGUGGACUUUGAAGUAACCAAGAAGGUGACUGCAAUCAUAACCCAAGGCGCCAAAGCUGUCUUCACCCACAUGUUUGUGAAGGAGUUUGCUGUCUCCAGCAGCCAGAACGGCGUGCACUGGAGCCUGGUCCUGCAGGACGGCAAGGAGAAGAUUUUCAAGGCAAACCAAGACCACACCAGCACAGUGAUGAAUACCCUGGAGCCCCCCCUCUUUGCCCGCUAUGUGAGGGUACACCCCCGCCAGUGGCACAACCACAUUGCGCUGCGGAUAGAGUUCCUUGGCUGCGACACUCAGCAGGAGUACUGA